CUGUAAACUGAGAAAUAUCCCAAGUCUUCGGGUAGAGUUGCUAUCACCGCGGCCAUAUUAUGUAUGUCGUCGCCAAAUUUAUUUAUAAACACUGAGCCUAAGCAUAAUUUCGGGCCAGCGGACGAGCAAUAGGCACUUUCAGUGAGCCAUAACUAUUACUUUCGGAGCCGGGGCGGAUGCGAUUAGGAGCGUGUUGUGUGAUGAACGUUAUUUUUGUGCAUCGCGACGCACGCCCGAUUUCGUUACGAAGGGAGUGUGCCGCCGUCGGUGCACUGCAGUAUUCUCACUUCGGCUCACGGCGUCUUCUGUAAGAGGAAGAGCACAGCCGAAGCGUACGGCGAGCUUUCAUACCAUGGCAAGAACGGCGGAUAUUUUCUCGGUCGCUCCAAGUCUCGAAUUUUCGUGGUGGCGUCGAGCGGUUUGCGAUUCAAGUGCAAGUGCGCGAUAAGUUGGCGGCAAAUCACGUUUUGCUCUUUGAUAAUGUGCAGGUGAUAAAGUGCAUUUAAAAUCCGCGAAUCGGAGUGGCGGGAGUUCGCGUACAGUCGAGAUUCCGGUAAUUUGCAGGCGAAGUCCACGUGUGUCGAUCGUUGGUCCUGCUCGUGUGAUAGAGGACGAGCGCUGCUGGAUGUGUUCGUCUCUCUUUGGCGAUGGUCGAAUGCAUCGCAGCGCAUUCGCGAUGGAGCGUUGCACUAUCAAUGCGAUGGGUUACGUCGGGCCGCACAGUUGCACUAAACCACUGCGUGCUGUACACGUGCUUAUGUGCUUUUCGGUCAGAUGUUUCGCGCGUUACUACCUUUCUUAUUAAAACUCGCCUUAACAAUACCCUAGAUGAAAUCUGGGAACAAGCUGUGAAGAGUGAGUCAAAUAAUCGGCGCCUGACAAUGUUAGGGAAUAAGGACCUUUUCUCAUGCUGGCAGAGUACCUAAACCGGGACGCACCAAGAUUCUUUACGGAAUAUCAACCGUGGUAGACACAUACGUGUGCAUAGAAUAUUUGCUCCGUUUUGAUAAAAUCAGACGAGAUGCGGUGGUGGCCAUCAGCUCCUUUUAUACGAAAUGAACGGCGCGUAUUGCGGCUGUUUGAAUUCGCGGACUUUCUGCAAAUGGAAAAGGAUGAGGCCCGUGCAAAUCGGUGAAAACGUCCUCUUAUAAUUUAUCGGAAAUCGGGAGAGAAAGUAUCUUUCCCGAAACGGAUUCUUAGUUGGAAAGCAAUAACACUUGAACGGUCGAGGCGCUGUGGCCCCCACGUAUGCAGCCAAAGGCGCCGCGGGGGCCCGCGCAGCUUUAGCGCUACUGCUUAUGCUCCUGACCCCUCUAUUGUCGGCGAGCGCCCUCGCGGUGACACCAGUGGCACGGUGCGUUGGCGACCUGAAUUCUCGAAAUACGAACCAGAAACAUGCUGAAUUCGUCGCGUUGGACGUAUCGCAAGGAUCCAACAUAUUGAUCGCUUUGACAAAAGAAACAGAACGUCUUCCUUCAAAAUGGGAUCAAAUCGAAAAUUCUCAGCGGCAGAACAAAGGAGGUGCUUUCAAACGAAUUGGAAACGGCGGAGGCGACGAGGGAUUCGUUCAACACAUAAAUUUUUGGAAAGAACUAAGAAAAAAGUAUUCUGCCAAAAAGCAACUAGUUCGUAGGAUUCGUGCUCCAUUACAAUCAGAUCUUGUAAAUAUUUCCCGGAUUCCUUAUAUUUCAAAUUAUACUCGAAACAUGGACACAACUAUUUCCAAACUAAGUGGACGGUACAAAGAAGCCAGCCCAGAUUCAGAAUUCAAUGUUAACAUUGUCAAUAGCCGGCGGAGUAGUAAAUCUAGUUCAAAGGAUAAUUUCCAAAACAUGACUACUAUCCAAACUAAAAGUUUGACUGAGCUGAGGCAAAUUCAGCCGGCCCUAAAGAAAGUGGGUAAUACUACUCAGUUCGUGUUCAAUAAUACAAAUAAUAUGAUUGAUGUAGGUAAUAAUUUAAGGAAAAGUGCAAAAAGUGUAAGUGUGAGUGAAAAUGGAAAUCAAUUUGAAAAGAGUGCAGAAGUAAUCAAAUUGUCGAAUUUCAGUAAUGUUUCUUAUAGUUCUAAUGCAUCUAAUAACGAUGUAAGUGUAGUGAAUAGUGAGGUUUUCCUCUUGAAUGUGUCAAAAAAAUCUACACCAUCAAUAAUAAGUUCCAGUACAACUAAAAUAGAUGUCGAUGGUCAGAAAAACAGGAAUUUCAACUCUAGUCGGCUUGAUCUGAAAAUUCUUGUGAAUAAUGGAAAUGAAUCAGUCUUUAUAAAAUACGGAUAUAUUAUCGCUAUUGUUGCAAUAUCGCUCAUUGGAGCCUUUGCAAUCACUUUAGUUGGUGCUGUUCGUUGCUUACGGGCAACACGUCGAGCCUCAAGGGCUCUGGCAUUACCAAUACCACUCCUGCCAGAAGAUCGUACACCUUUAAACGCGGAGCCGGAACAUUCUGUACCCAUGCUAUCGGUACAGUCGCCCGGCUGCGCGGGAAUGGAGCGGCUCGGCGUUCCGACCCGCAGUACACUAGGUUCGCCACCACACGAUAGGAAACAUGUUAGUAUAAGAAUGCGUGUUGAUCCUAGAUGUGAUAUAUUAGUAAGAGAUGCAACAAUACUUAGAAAUAAUCAUCACAACUCCACCACCAAUACUACUAGCAAUUAUCAUUACCAACAACAACAACAAUCGCAUCAUCAAACGGCAGCGUCGAUGACGAUCAACUCAUCAACGAAUAAUGAUAAUAUUUCAAUGCCUCUUAGCAAUAGUCGAAGUAAUAGCAGCAGUAGCAAUAAUCAUGAAUAUAUUAUAACAACACCAUCAGCUGGAAGAACAAUAGCGACAGGCAGUAGUGUUGGAGGAAAUGAGGUAGUGAUGCGAUGCAUAGGUGGCAUCGACGGAGACGGCGGAGGCGAUGGAAGCGGUGGUAAUAAUCAUCAUCAAUCCCAUCAUAUUAAUAAUCGAAUAGCUAAUAAUAACAAUUGUCGGAAUGCUGAACAUGCAAAUGUGAUACGAUGUCCACAUCAUGUCCCAUUACCAGAUAGUGAAUGGGGCCAGGAUCGUGAACUGAAAAUUAGGACACAUUAUCAGCAAACUGAAAUAACACGGUCUUACAUUCAAGCGCCACCCAAUCGAUCAGUCUCAGACGUUCCAGAAAAGUCAAUCAGUCCUUUUCCAUCGUCAUCAACACUAUCGCCGUCUUUUGGUAUGGCAUCAUCAUCGUGCAAUCUAGGACCCCACAAUCAACACCAUCGUCAUCAACAACAACAUUCUAAUCACCAUGUGAGUCAUCAUCAUAAUCAGCAGCCGCAGCAGCAGAAAUCAAAACCGAGCGUAUUAAAACACUUUUUUAUGAAAAUGAGCAGCCCGAAAUCUCCGCUAUCGUCGACAUCAUCGUCAUCAACAAGUCCGUCAUUAUCCACGUCUUCUUCAUCGUCAUCUACAUCAUCAUCAUCUUCUUCAUUAGCGCCUGCUCCUGGUCAGUUGUCGGCUGUGCCGACAGCAUUAAAUUGCAAUCUAGGGUCUAGUUCAGGGUCGCUUUCGGGGGUCCAGCAUACGAACUCGGCACCGUCGUUGGCGUCGACAGCGCCUCUAACUGCAUCUGGCACUAGCAAUAAUCAUUUUAAUCAACAAUUCCAUCAAGCACAGCAUCAACAACAAUGUCUAGUUGGUAGUACAAAUCAUAAUAGUUUAACGGUAGUCGGUAAUAGCUGCACAGCGUCAUCGCUAGGCUCGCUUUCGCUGUCAGCGUCAUCCACAACUUUGGCAACGAUGUCCUUAGCGACGCAGUCUAUUGAUUGCUGCUAUACGCAAGCAACAAGCGUUCGGCCGCGGACUCCUAUCAUAAACAGUAGCAGUAGCAACCAUGCGACUAGGGAAACACUGCAAGCAACGAUUCAAACUAGUAGCGACGGCAGUUUUCCUCAAUAUCAAUCGCAACUUUCGCAGUCGCAUCGCGAGCGAGAUGGCCACAUUUGACAUAAUCCCUGCGUUUCAACUUUUAGCUGAAAUUCUUCAAUCAAGCAUAUUUCCGUUAAUACAAUCGUCCUUUACUACUACAGAGAAAAGAAGAAUAUAAUAUCGUAAUGCCAGUCUCUUAGAAUCUGUUUCCGUUAUUUAUACAUACACUCACUUAAAAUAUUACUGUAAAAGGAGAAGUCUACUAUAGAGCUACUAGCAACUACUACUACCAACAGCCAAACAAACAAAAAUAUCCAUACACAAAACUUAACUAAGCGUAAACAAUAACUAUAGGUGCGUCCUUUUCGAACGAAUUAAGAUCUAGUCAAAAGUGCAAAGUAUCGACGUCUGAUGAAGAGUCAUAAUAUUUUUGGGAUAAGUUGAUUCCGUAGUUUCUUAACGUAUUUAUAAUUUGCGGCAGGUGCAAAGUUCAGCGAUUGUUACUUUGUUAGCUGCUUCUCGUUUCCGGGGAACAUCACUUAGUCUGCUCCUCUCCUUACAAUUUUCCCGACUACGGUCAUAAUUUGUCUGAAAACAACGCAUCUUGUCUAAUAUUGAAUUAAUGCGUAGGUAAAAUAAAUACAAGUAAUAAUAUUCCAAGCAAACAAAGAAGAAUUUAAGGCAUUAAAUUCGGUUACACUCUGCAUUGACUUUUUAUAAAUAUUUGUUCUGCAUAUAGUUAACACAAAUAAAUAAAUAUGGAGUCUACGUUUCAAAGGGAUGUGGACGUUAUGAAGAAAAGUAUAAAUAAAUGUGAAAGACGGAUAGGAGAUAAUCAGUAAAACUAAGCAAAUACCGUAAAGCUAUUCAACUAUUGUUACAUCAAGAUCGCUGGCGAAUAUAAUAUGAAACCAAAACGGAAUGAAUACUUUUUGAAUUUCGCUGAAAUCCUUGGAAACGGGCGCAUUUCGGGAAAGUUCAAUGGCGCAAUGUUAAGUAACCUUACAUGAAUCAAACCAAAAAUAUAAAUUAAAUUUAUAAGAAAAAAAUAUUUUAAUUUUACUCGGUUACGUCUAUAAUCGAAAUCUUCCGAAAUUCCACUAAAGUCGCUCCACCACUUAGUCUAGAAGCACAAAAAUUAGACCUCAUUGGGAAAGUAACGGAAUUCGCUGGCAGUAUGCGUACAUCAUUGUAUUGUAAUGAUUAGAGGAAAAGGAUGGAUAAGAUGAAAAAGGAAACGAAGAUGGACAUUAGAAAACAGGAAAUAUAUAGAGUAUAUAUACACCCAGAUUUAAUGCAACUAUGAGAAUGGAUAAUUAUGUAAAAGAUGAAGAAAACUACAAGAUUAUGUUAAAUUUCUAUUAUAACAUUAUUUUAUUAUUAUUAUUUUUUAUUUUUAAAUUAAAACAAAUUAAAAUAUUCUUUAAAAAAUG